AUAACACCUCGAAUAGUUUUUUGAAAAAAUUUCCUCUUUUGUAAACUUUUCAGAAUAUCAAGAAAUAGUAGAUUUGGCGGGAUUGUAACUUAUCAGAACAAUUGAAGAGUUCAUCGUUUCAAAUCAGGUAUGCAUUACGCUCUCAUUCUCCCAAUUCUUCACUCUUCUGUUAGUACAAACCCUACAAUCUGACACUCAACACAAUGAAACCUUCGUAGAAUUCGAAAACCCAUUGCGACAUUUCAAUUUUCCCCCAAAAUCAAAAGCGGAUUCUUUUAACCCUAAUUCACGUUUUGAACAUUUUUCAUCAAGCAUUGCGAUGGAUUCCAACAACAAAUCUUCCGAUCAAGUCAUUUCAGAAAUGGUUGAAAUGGGUUUCCAGCAUUCCCAAAUUCUCGAAGCAAUAAAAGUAGUGGGUCCUUCGAUUCCAAGCGUUGUGGAGCAUAUCUUCAAUACUAGUAAUAGUAGCAGCAGUAACCGUGAACCAUCCACAACCCAUGUCACAAAAUCAAUUUCAAAUAAUGGGAAAGCUCUCAAAAAACGAACUUUUUCAUCUUCUCUUCAAGUUCCAAAGUCCAGAACAAUCAACCAUUAUUUUCAAUCUAGUAGUAAAGUCAAUGAGAAAAACAAAAAUGUUGUUGUCGUUGAUGAUGAUAAUGAUGAUGAGGAUGUGGAAGAGCACAAGGAGAAAGAGUUCUUACCGCGAAUGGGAUUUGAUCAUGAUUCCGCAGUAGCUCAUGCUAUCGAUGUUGCAUCUGAUUGGCAGCAAAAAGCUAGCAUUUUGUUGCAAAAGCAUUUUGGUUUUUCAUCUUUGAAAAGUUUUCAGAAGGAAGCUCUCUCUGCUUGGAUUGAUCAUAGAGAUUGUCUUGUCUUGGCUGCAACUGGAUCUGGGAAAUCUCUAUGCUUUCAGAUUCCUGCAUUGUUAACUGGGAAAGUGGUGGUUGUGAUUUCGCCUUUAAUAAGCCUAAUGCACGAUCAAUGCUUAAAGCUAACAAAACAUGGAAUCAGUGCUUGCUUUCUUGGCUCUGGGCAGCCUGAUAAUACUGUUGAAAAGAAAGCAAUGAGAGGCAUGUAUAGUAUAGUGUAUAUUUGUCCAGAAACAGUUCUAAGAUUGAUUCAACCGUUGCAGAAGCUUGCUGAAACCCGUGGUAUUGCUUUGUUUGCAAUUGAUGAGGUACAUUGUGUUUCUAAAUGGGGUCAUGAUUUCCGUCCAGCUUACAGCCGACUGUCUGUAUUGAGGGAAAAUUUCACUACUGGCAAGCUAAAAUCCUUGAAAUUUGAUAUACCCAUGAUGGCGUUGACAGCUACAGCUACAAAGAGAGUUCGAGAAGACAUUUUAAAAUCACUGCGUUUGUCAAAAGAUACAAGUGUUGUUCUCACAUCAUUUUUUCGACCUAAUUUACGCUUCAUGGUAAAGCAUAGUAGAACAUCAUGGGCUUCUUACGAGAAAGAUUUUCAUGAAUUGAUUAAAGUAUAUGGUGGGAAUAAGAAAGCUUUCACCUCAGGUGAUGCAGAUGGUGUUUCCAUUAGCUCUGAUGCUUCUGAUACAGACAGUGUUUCUUCUGAUGAUGUGGACGGCAACCAAGAUGACUGUGAUGAUAGGGAUAUUAAUGUAAUGCACUCUGGAAACACCAGCAAUCAUAAAAAAAGAAGAAAACUGACAAUUGAGUUCCUGGAAAAUGAUGUUGACGUCUUUCAAAGUGCGGAUGACUUGGAUGUUACAUGUGGUGAAUUUUGUGUGCAACCUCCUCCCAAGCAAUGUGAGUUAUCUGAGACAAUUGAUACACCUACGAAACCAGAAAAAAGACUCAAAAUGCUUAAGGAGCCUUUGGGACAAGGACCAACAAUUAUAUAUGUACCCACCAGAAAAGAUACAGUGAGAAUUGCCAAGUAUCUCUGCAAGUCUGGUGUGAAGGCUGCCGCUUAUAAUGCAGGGCUGCCCAAGUUGCAUCUAAGAAGGACUCAUAAAGAGUUUCAUGAAAAUACUUUAGAGGUUGUUGUUGCAACAAUAGCGUUUGGAAUGGGAAUUGAUAAAUCGAAUGUUAGAAGAAUCAUCCACUAUGGUUGGCCGCAGAGUUUGGAAGCCUACUACCAAGAAGCUGGACGGGCUGGUCGAGAUGGGAAAUUAGCAGAUUGCAUUCUAUAUGCAAACCUAGCAAGGAAGCCAUCACUUUUGCCAAGUCGUAGAAGUGAAGAUAUGACAAAACAAGCAUAUAUCAUGUUGUCUGAUUGUUUCAGAUAUGGAAUGAAUACUUCAUGUUGUCGAGCAAAGAUACUUGUAGAAUACUUCGGAGAGGAUUUCAGCCAUCAGAAGUGUCUCUUAUGUGAUGUUUGCAAUAAUGGACCACCUCAAAGACUGAAUCUAAAAGAGGAGGCUUGUAUUUUACUGCAAACUAUAAUGCUGGCCGGAAAUGCACGUAGCUAUUCCGUGGAUUCCUCGGAUAAUGAUGAUAUCCAUUUCAAUUCCAAGGAUAGAAGACUAGGAGAGAGGCCAAGUCUAACGACGUUAGUUAGAAGUAUAAGGGAGCAGUUUCAAAAAUUCUUAACCACUGAUAUACUGUGGUGGAGAGGCCUUACUCGAAUUUUGGAAGCUAAAGGAUAUAUCAGGGAAGGAGAUGACAAGACAAAUGUUCAGAUAAAAUACCCGGACUUAACAGAACUAGGUUUGGAAUUUGUGAAGUCCAUAACUGAAGAAACUUUUUAUGUUUACCCUGAGGCAGAUAUGUUACUUGAGACAAAAACUGACAAACCGUUUUCCUCAUUCUCAGAAUGGGGAAAAGGUUGGGCUGAUCCUGAGAUCCGUCGUCAGCGUCUAGAAAGAAUGCAAGUUGAUAGAAGUCCAAUGAAGCGGCAGAACCCCAGAAAGCAAAGAAAGAGGAGAGUUAGAAAAACAAAACCUGAUUUGAGGACUUCUCGGGGUAGAUUAUCAGCAAAACUCUCAAAAAAGUAACAUGCAUGCAACAUUUUUUUAUUCUUUACUCUUCUUUUUUAAAAUAUUUGUGCUCCGCCUCCCACCUUGGUUUGAAACUGAUCAAAACACCCUCUUGUGCUUACUUUGUAGGGAUGGGUUGUGUUUUUAUUUUAUGAAUAUGUAAUUUACAUUGAAUUGAAUUGAAUGCCAUUGCAUCUUAAUCAAGACAAUAAUACUUGGUGGAAAUGCCUUUGAAACUGAUCAAAA